GUUGCUGUUGGGUAUUUACCUUUGCCUUUUAUUUAAUUUAUAUUAAGUGAGUAAUUCCCAACCACAGAUAAGAUGCAUACUUAUAUAGUUCCUUCUGGUUUUUCUUUUUGCUUGUGUGUGCGUAUCUUUAAAUCAAGAGGAGAAUUUAUUUUGGUGAAUGGUUGUGAGGUGAGGAUUUAAAUAAAUAUUUCUUGGAGUGCCUGGGUGGCUCAGUCGGUUAAGCGUCCUACUUCAGCUCAGGUCAUGAUCCGUGAGUUUGAGCCCUGCGUUGGGCUCUGUGCUGACAGCUCAGAGCCUGGAGCCUGCUUCAGAUUCUGUGUCUCCCUCUCUGUCUGCCCUCCCCGCUCAUGCUCUGUCUCUCUCUGUCUCAAAAAUAAAUAAAAACAUUAAGAAAAAAUUUAAAUAAAUAUUUCUUCCCCAAAUAUCCAAGUAGUUUUCUUAACUCUGUUAGAUGAUCUGUCCCUUCCCCAUGGUAUGUGAUUUUCAGGGUGAUCUUGUUUUGUUUUUCUUCAGGCGUCUUGCAGCCCUCCAGAAGAGAAGAGAACUUAGAGCAGCUGGCAUAGAAAUUCAGAAGAAGAGAAAAAAGAAGAGGGGAGUUGAUUAUAAUGCUGAAAUCCCAUUUGAAAAAAAGCCUGCUCUUGGUUUCUAUGAUACUUCUGAGGAAAACUACCAGGCUCUUGAUGCAGAUUUCAGAAAAUUAAGACAACAAGAUCUUGAUGGGGAACUAAGAUCGGAAAAAGAAGGAAGAGACAGAAAAAAAGACAAACAGCAUUUAAAAAGGAAAAAAGAAUCUGAUUUGCCAUCAGCUAUUCUUCAGACUAGUGGUGUUUCUGAAUUUACUAAAAAAAGAAGCAAACUAGUACUCCCUGCCCCUCAGAUUUCAGAUGCAGAACUCCAGGAGGUUGUAAAAGUAGGCCAAGCAAGUGAAAUCGCACGUCAGACUGCUGAGGAAUCUGGCAUAACAAACUCUGCCUCCAGUACGCUUUUGUCUGAGUACAAUGUCACCAACAACAGCAUCGCUCUUAGAACACCUCGUACACCGGCUUCCCAGGACAGAAUUCUGCAGGAAGCUCAGAACCUCAUGGCCCUGACCAAUGUGGACACCCCAUUGAAAGGUGGACUUAAUACCCCUUUGCAUGAGAGCGACUUCUCAGGUGUGACUCCACAGCGGCAGGUUGUACAGACUCCAAACACAGUUCUUUCUACCCCAUUCAGGACUCCUUCUCAUGGAUCUGAAGGGUUGACUCCCCGCAGUGGGACAACUCCCAAACCAGUUAUUAACUCCACCCCGGGUAGAACUCCUCUUCGAGACAAAUUAAACAUUAAUCCCGAGGAUGGAAUGGCAGACUACAGUGAUCCCUCUUAUGUGAAGCAGAUGGAAAGAGAAUCUCGUGAGCAUCUCCGUUUAGGAUUGUUGGGCCUCCCUGCCCCUAAGAAUGACUUUGAGAUUGUUCUGCCAGAAAAUGCUGAGAAGGAGCUGGAAGACCGUGAAAUAGAUGAUACUUACAUUGAAGAUGCUGCUGAUGUGGAUGCACGAAAGCAGGCUAUACGAGAGGCAGAGCGUGUAAAGGAAAUGAAGCGAAUGCACAAAGCUGUCCAGAAAGAUCUGCCAAGACCAUCAGAAGUAAAUGAAACUAUUCUAAGACCCUUAAAUGUAGAACCACCUCUAACAGAUUUACAAAAAAGUGAAGAACUAAUCAAAAAAGAAAUGAUCACAAUGCUUCAUUAUGACCUUCUGCAUCACCCUUAUGAACCAUCUGGAAAUAAAAAAGGAAAAACUGUAGGAUUUGGUACUAAUAAUUCAGAGCACAUUGCCUAUCUGGAACAUAACCCUUAUGAAAAGUUCUCCAAAGAAGAGCUGAAAAAGGCCCAGGAUGUUUUGGUACAGGAGAUGGAAGUGGUAAAACAAGGUAUGAGCCACGGAGAACUCUCAAGUGAAGCUUAUAACCAGGUGUGGGAAGAAUGCUACAGUCAAGUUUUGUAUCUUCCUGGGCAGAGCCGCUACACACGGGCCAACUUAGCUAGCAAAAAGGACAGAAUCGAGUCACUUGAAAAGAGGCUUGAGAUAAACAGGGGUCACAUGACAACGGAAGCCAAGAGAGCUGCAAAGAUGGAAAAGAAGAUGAAAAUUUUGCUUGGGGGUUACCAGUCUCGUGCUAUGGGGCUUAUGAAACAGUUGAAUGACUUAUGGGACCAAAUCGAGCAGGCUUACUUGGAGUUACGCACUUUUGAAGAACUCAAGAAACACGAAGAUUCUGCUAUUCCCCGGAGGCUAGAGUGUCUAAAAGAAGAUGUUCAGCGACAACAGGAAAGAGAAAAAGAACUUCAGCAUAGAUAUGCUGAUCUGCUGCUGGAGAAAGAGACUUUAAAGUCCAAAUUCUGAAGCAUAGUUUAUACUCUGUCACAGGAUGAAUUAAUUGCUGGUUUUCAUACUUUGGAAGGCUGAAACUGAUGAUUAUCUUCAUUGACAAAUUUGCCCACGAUCUGUGGUUUUUCAGUUGUUUACUUUAAAUGAUAUCGAUCUUACACAGUCUAUGUAUAAAGACUUUAACUCCACAAAAUGUUUUAGGGUUUAAAUUAUUAAGAUGAUCAUUCUUUUAGCAGUGUCAUAUUUGCAAAAAUUUUUUUAGUUUUGGCCUUUAAUUUUAAAAGCCUGGUUUUAAAGUGCUGCCUGUGAGUAAACUCUUGAAUAAAAAGAAAAUAUAAAAAAUUGUGAGUGUAGCCUUUUGUUUGAAGUAAUUAGAUAGUUAGAGUGCCCACAAACCAGCAAGUAUGUACUCUGUGUCAUAUUUAAUGAGUAACUCUUGGGUAAUCAGAAUGGUGAUCCCGUAUCUUAAUUCCUUCAGAGGCAGUCCUUUUGUGGCCUCGUUAGUUUUAGCACAGGGCACUCAUUUCUCUAUACACUGACAAGAUGGAUUAACAUUUUAAUACCUCAGGGUUUGUUUUUUUGUUUUUUGGUUUUUUUUCAAGUAUAAUUUUAAGAAGUUCUCUUCUUUGCCCAGCUACUCACACAGUUUAUGGAUUAGGACUCAAAAGAUUUCAUUUUUAUUGACCUGUUAGGUUCUUUUAAAUGUCUUUUCUAUGAAGGUGUGUUGAAGAUUAAUUUCAGUAAGGCUAUCACACUUUAUUAAAGCUUUGUGUUUAUCCUAAGUUAAUUACACAAGUGUAGAAUUUUGGGAAUUGGUAGAAGUGGGAAGACCAGACUUUAUAAUUCACAUGAAAUCGUUUGGGAUAGUUACUAGUUGGCUACAAGUUCAGUAUGGACCAACAGUAUGUUGGACCUACCAGGAAUAUUUCCCCAUCUUAAUCCUAGGGAUUAAA